GAGUUAUCCGUUACAAAAUGGCGACCAAAACACGCAUGCCAAAAAAAGCGAAAGUAAAACAAGAUACUAAUAAUGAAUCUAAUAAAACUUCUAAAACCAAGGCAAGCAGCUCAUCUCCCUUAAGCACAUUAAUGAUGCUCGGCUCACAGCUUCUUAGUUCCGGCAGAUUUAAUGAAGGCCUUCCAUCCUUCGUCACACGAGGGUUGGACUCUGAACAAAUAUGGCAGCAGCUCGAGUUACGCAAUGAACAUAAAUUAUCAUUUCCAGCUUGCACUAGAGAAUUGGUUAGAAUAUCAUCAGAAUCACAGAGAAAACAGAAAGCUAAGUCACGGAAAAAUAAAAAAGCUCCACCGCAGGUUAAAGAGAGCGUAGAGGGUGAGGAGAGUGGGUUGAGCAGUGGGUCAGAUAGUAGUGCAGAAGAUGAUAUACUGAGUUCUAUUAAAAAACGGUUAGCUGAGGAGCCCUCGGAAACUGGUGUAGAUGAUGGUUUUGAUGAUGAGGAUGAUGACAGCGAUGAAGAUGAUAAGUUAGACUUUGAUUUUGAAGUGGAUAAUGAGAUUGUUAGAGGGUUGUCAGAUGACGAAAAUGAUACAGAAGAAAAAGAUAAAGGUAGAUCAAAAUCUUCAAAUAACAAGUUGGCAAAACCAGUCCAAAAACGAAAGACAAUUGUUGAUGAUAGGUUUUUUAAGUUGUCAGACAUGGAACAGUUCCUUGAAGAGGAGGAUUUAAAGGAGGAAAAGAAACUUAGGAAAGAAAAACUGAACAGAGAAAAUGAUGACGAGGAUGAAGAUGAUGAUGAUGAUGAGAGUGAUGAAGAGAUUGACAUGUUUGGUGAAAUAGAAUCUGAUAGUGAAAAAGAUCCCAUGUAUGCAGAAUUUUUUGACCCCCCUGAUGAUGAAAGUGACUUGAAAAAAAUAAAGAAGAACAAGCAGAAAGAUACUACAACCAAAGACAAGUUAGAUAAAGAUCAGGAGGAUGCAGAAGAUGAUGAAUCAGGUGAAGAGGAGGAGGAAUUAGAUGAAGAGGAUGAAGAAUCAGAUGAAAAUGAGGAAGAAGAUAUGAAUAUUGAUGAAAAGGAGGAUGAAAAUCAAUCAGAAGAUAUGGAUGAUGAGGAAAGUGAUGAAGAAACAAAAUUAAAAUCAGGUGAUGAUUCUACAAAGAAGGUGUCAUUUUCUUCUGAUCUUUUGCAAAGUGAUGAAGAAGAAGAGACAAAUAAAAAGGUGAAAGAGGACAAGUCUUCCUUUGAGUUAAAACAAGAAAAGCUUCUUGCUAAAGCCAGAGAGAUGGAGGAACUUAGUCUGAAAGAGGCACCAUGGGAGUUAAAAGGUGAAGCCUCAGCUUCCAAGCGUCCUGAGAACAGCUUGUUGGAAACAGUCCUUGAUUUCCAGCACACAACUCGCCCUGCUCCUGUUAUUACUGAGGAAACCACAAAAACAUUGGAGGAUUAUAUCAAACAAAGAAUUAAAGACAAGACAUUUGAUGAUGUAGAAAGGAAAGAAAAACCUAAAGAAGAUGUAUUUGAGUUCAAAAAAAGAAUAGUCUUGGACCAGGAGAAAAGUAAGCUGAGUCUGGGACAAUUAUAUGAGCAGGAGUUUGUUAAACAGCAGCAGCAAGACAAAGAAGAGGUGAAGGCUGAUCCAGAGUGUGAAAAAAUAGAAAAGGAACUGGGAAAGUUGUUUCAUCAACUUGACGCUCUCUGUAAUUUCAAAUAUACCCCCAUGAAGCCUGGCACAGAGGUGAAGAUACUGGUAAAUACUCCAGCCAUAACUAUGGAAGAAGUUGCCCCAGUGGCUACAGCAGAUGCAGAUCUCUUGGCACCUGAAGAAGUGCUGGAGAAAAGAAAAGGAGAGCUCAAAGCAAAAGAUGAGAAGACUGCCACUGAUAAGAACAGGGAGAGAAGACAGAAGAAGAAAGAGAAGAAGGAGAGGAAAAAAGCUAAAGAGGCCAGGGAGAAAGUGGUGGAGAAACUCAAACCUGGCCUGGGUAACAAAUACAGCAAGGCCAAGGCGCUGAAACAGUUGGAGCAGAUCAGUAAAUCUGAUAAAAAUGUUACGCUCAUCAAGGGUGACAACAAAAAGAUGUCUUCCUCUACAUCUUUCUUCACACAACUGCAAGAAGAAGUUCAGACCAAUAACAAAGCUAAGAAAGUGACUAAAGAAAAGACAAAAAAAGUUCUGGAUGCUAAUAAAUUAAUGUUAUAAUAUUGUAUAGGUAGUAGAGUUUUAUGAAAUUAAAUGAUUGG